CUCCCUCAGGAGCAGCACCUCCAGCUGGGGCGCACUCCCCUCUCUUUCCCCAGGGAGGCGUGGAGCUCCAACCCUAGUGAGGCCACAGACAAACAGUAAGGCAGGUGAAGAGGAGCAUGGAGACCAUUAACUAUCAUGGAAAUAAACUUCACAAGAUGUGCAAUACAAGCUCCACAAGUGACUUUACAACUAUGUGACUAAUGACAGGUUAUAUUAGGUUGAAUACCUUCACACUUUAUUUCGCUCUCCAUCCCACCACCCGUCAGACUGGCAGAGCACAGAGGCAGUAAAGCCAGUCCCACAGUCUGUAGAAGAGGAGGGCAUAACAAGAUGCAGCCUUUAAACAGCUUGGAAAAUUCCAGGAAAUGAUGUCAUGGCUUUAGAAGCUUCUGAUAAGCUAAUUGACGUCUUUUGAGUCAAUUGGAGGUGUACCUGUGGAUGUAUUUCAAGGCCUACCUUCAAACUCAGCGCCUCUUUGCUUGACAUCAUGGGAAAAUCAAAAGAAAUCAGCCAAGACCUCAGAAAGAAAAUUGUAAACCUCUACAAGUCUGGUUCAUCCUCGGGAGCAAUUUCCAAACGCCUGAAGGUACCACGUUCAUCUGUACAAACAAUAGCACACAAGUAUAAACACCAUGGGACCACGCAGCCGUCAUACCGACGCGUUCUGUCUCCUAGAGAUGAACGUACUUUGGUGUGAAAAGUGCAAAUCAAUCCCAGAAAAACAGCAAAGGACCUUGUGAAGAUGCUGGAGGAAACAGGUACAAAAGUCUCUAUAUCCACAGUAAAACGAGCCCUAUAUCGACAUAACCUGAAAGGCAGCUCAGCAAGGAAGAAGCCACUGCUCUAAAACCGCCAUAAAAAAGCCAGACUACAGUUUGCAACUGCACAUGGGGACAAAGAUCGUACUUUUUGGAGAAAUGUCCUCUGGUCUGAUUAAACUAAAAUAGAACUGUUUGGCCAUAAUGACCAUCGUUAUGUUUGGAGGAAAAAGGGGAAAGCUUGCAAGCCGAAGAACACCACCCAACCGUGAAGCACGGGGGUGGCAGCAUCAUGCUGUGGGGGUGCUUUGCUGCAGGAGGGACUGGUGCACUUCACAAAAUAGAUGGCAUUAUGAGGAAGGAAAAAUAUGUGGAUAUAUUGAAACAACAUCUCAAGACAUCAGUCAGGAAGAUAUAGUUUGGUCGCAAAUGGGUCUUCCAAAUGGACAAUAAUCCCAAGCAUGCUUCCAAAGUUGUGGCAAAAUGGCUUGAGGACAACAAAGUCCAGGUACUGGAGUGGCCAUCACAAAGCCCUGACCUCAAUCUUAUAGAAAAUGUGUGGGCAGAACUGAAAAACCGUAUGCGAGCAAGGAGGCCUAAAAACCUGACUCAGUUACACCAGCUCUGUCAGAAGGAAUGGGCCAAAAUUCAUCCAAUUUAUUGUGGGAAGCUUGUGGAAGGCUACCCGAAAUGUUUGACCCAAGUUAAACAAUUUAACGGCAAUGCUACCAAAUACUAAUUGAGUGUAUGUAAAUAAAUGUUAAUUCGAUUUCCACGGGGGCGAGGACAUCAACUUUGCUAGACCAUAAAGAAAGAGAGCUCCGAAUCUCUCAGCCAAUAACAUCUAGUUUUCAGUUUUCCCCUCCCCACUCAGACCACUCCCAGACAGUCCUAGCUAAAUUCAUCAUAACUUAUUUUAUCUGUAGCCUAAUAAACUACAUGGAGGACCACACACCACGUAAUCGAGUGACUCCAAGUUUACUUUGAUAUGAUGGUUAUUAUAUCAAUAUUUGCAAAUAAAGUUGUUUCUACCACCAUUUCUCGACUCAAAAAGAUCCCACUUUGUCGAACGAACAAUUAUCUGUCUGCAUUUAUAAAAUUGUACCGAAACGUCCUGUUUCCAUCACAGCUGUCGUAAAAAAAAGUUAUACGGUAUGACUUUACUCGCUUAAAAACUGUGGAUGGAAACUUGUUUACUGACCAUAUUAUUUGUUGUUAUGGUAACUGCGCUUGCUUUUUCCUUCCAACCCUUUCCCUUCCACAGGUGCUGAUCUGUGUGCUGUGGCUGACCCUAGCUCCACCCCGACCUGCUGAGAGAGGGGGCAGAGAGGGUCAGGGGCCGAGAGUGGUCCUGGAGUGUGAGGUGGGCUCUGUGGUCGGCUUCUCUCUGGUGCUGGGCUACAUCGGCCUGCUGGCCUCUAUCUGUCUCAUCUUAGCCUUCCUGGCCAGGAAACUCCCAGACAACUUCAACGAGGCCAAGUUCAUCACCUUCAGCAUGCUGAUCUUCUGUGCCGUGUGGAUCUCCUUCAUCCCAGCCUACGUCAGCUCUCCUGGGAAGUACACAGUAGCUGUAGAGAUCUUUGCCAUCCUGGCCUCCAGCUUUGGGCUGCUGUUCUGUCUGUUUGCUCCAAAAUGUUUCAUCAUCCUCCUGAGACCAGAGAGAAACACCAAGAAACACAUGAUGUCCAAAUAGAAACCACCAAGAAACACAUGAUGUCCAAAUAGAAACCACCAAUAAACACAUAUGAACGUACACAUGUUCAUAUCGGGAUUUAGGGUAUCGUUGAUAUUCAAUUCAACAGGGGGAAUGUCCUCUGUUUGAAAACAUUAAUUUCCUGCUAUACCUUCACUAUAUUACUUUGUUAAUAUUAGUAUGUGUUCUUAUAAUGUGUCAGAAUGAAAUACGUCUACAUAAACUCAACAAUACCAAUAAAGAUGACAUAGUGUCUACUCAUGGUGGAAGAGUUAGUAUUGUGUCUGACAGUCUGACAGCACUGACAGAUCCCCUACACAUGAUUCCUUCAUCACCCAGUCAGUGUGUGUGUGUGUGUGUGUGUGAGUUUGAGCGUGUGUGUGUGAGUGUGUGUGUGUGCGUGUAUGGGUGUGUGUGUGAGUGUGUGUCCCUCAUCGUACACCAAAAUGAAAACAGGCUUAUUCCACUGUCUGCAUACCCACUGUGGGAACCUCUCCACUCCCCAUCACUCCCUCUUCAAAUAAAAUCUAAUCUUAAUUUUAUUUGCCGCAUGCUUCGUAAAUAAUAUAAUAAUAUAUAAUAUGCCAUUUAGCAGACGCUUUUAUCUAAAGCGACUUACAGUCAUGCGUGCAUAAUUAUAUAUUUUUUGUGUACGUGUGGUCCCGGGAAUCGAACCCACUACCUUGGCGUUACAAGCGCCGUGCUCUACCAGCUGAGCUACAGAGGACUAACAGUGAAAUGCUUACUUACUCGUUCUUUUCCAAAAAUGCAGUUAAAGAAAAAAUAUAUAGAAAUAGUGACUUGAGGAAUAAAUAAUAAUACUACUAAUAAAUACACAGUGAAUACCUAAUAACAAUAGGGAGUAGUUACCUCCACACCGGUAGUCACGAGUCAUGCUAACUAGUCUUCUCCAAAUCUGAGGUACUAUUUAUAUUUUACAUAAAAGACCGUAAAAACACCAGCAAUUCAGCGUUUUUUAAUUUUAGAAAUAUGUUCCAAAGUAUUCCCACACAUAAUUGGGAGAUAACCUGUACAUAUCGCAGCAGGUAGCCUAGUGGUUAAGAGUGUUGGACCAGUAACUGAAAGGUCGCUGGUUCGAAUCCUAGAAACGACUAGAUGAAAUAUCUGUCGAUGUGCCCUUGAGCAAGGCUUGUAACCCUAUUUGCUCCUGUCAGUCACUCUGAAUAAGAGUGUCUGCUAAUAUGUGAUUGUAAGCAAGGUUUGGAAUGAUUAUAUUUUUGUCAAAUAUUAUAUCCAUUUGGGCUUCUGCGGUCAAUUUGCAGUCUACAAAUUAUUUGUAAUUAUGUUCCAGAACCCUGACCAUCCACUCAAAGAAAAAUCGGCCCGCAACUGAAUCUAGUUGAUAAUCCCUAAGGUCUAAAGGCCCGGGGCUGGGUUUCUACUAAGCUAACAUAUGGAAUUGUUUUAAGAUGGUCAUACCCAGUCUCAUUUAGCCAUUUGAUUUGGAAUUUUAGGACCCCUGUAAGUAUAUAUAUACAAAAAAUAUUUAAAACAUUUAAAUGUGUCCUUCCUAGUCUCCCAAUUUGUCCUUACUGCCAAGAGAAACACAUUGUCACGUUCGCUGAGUAAAGGAUUGGACCAAGGUGCAGCGUGAUAUGCGUACAUAGUCAUUUAUUUUAUAAACACUGACAAAAUAACAAAAUCCAACAGAACGUGACGUUCAAAAGGCUAAAUAUCCAACAAGCCAAACAGAAACAAGAUCCCACAACAUAGGUAGGCAAAAUGGCUACCUAAGUAUGAUCCCCAAUCAGAGACAACGAUCGACAGCUGCCUCUGAUUGGGAACCACACCCGGCCAACAUAGAUAUACACAUUCUAGAUAUUCACACCCUGACCAAACCAACUAGAGAUCUCUAUGUCAGGGCGUGACAGUACCCCCUUCCAAAGGUGCGGACUCCGGCCGCAAAACCUGACUCCUUAGGGGAGGGUCCAGGUGGGCAUUUAGCCUCGGUGGCGGCUCCGGCUCCCGGGCGUGACGUCAACCUUACUGUCCUCUCCUUUUCUGGCUCCCCGUUGCACACCUGGUCCGGUCUGGACCCCGGCGCGAUGCUUCCCCUCUCAGUCCUCCCACGAUGCACCAAGCCCUGUCUGGACCCUGGUGUGGGAGGCCCCGACCCUGGAGAGGGGCUGACGUCUGGGCCUGGACCGGCAAUCCUCCCGUGAUGCACCAAGCCCUGUCUGGACCCUGGUGUGGGAGGCCCCAACCCUGGAGAGGGGUUGACGUCUGGUUCUGGCUCUGCAGUCCUCCCGCGAUGCACCAAGUCCUGUCUGGACCCUGGUGUGGGAGAGUAGAUGACCGGACCCGGACUAGGCACUGGUGGAGCGGACUGCUCUGGCACUGGAGUGGAGCCGCUGACCGGAACUGAAUUGGACCCCGGUGGAGCGGACUGCUCUGGCUCUGGACUGGAGCAGCUGACCGGGGAUGGACUAGGCACCGGUGGAGCUGAUUGCUCUGGCAUAGGAGUGGAGCAGCUGACCGGAGCUGGACUAGGCACCGGUGGAGCGGACUGCUCUGGCACUGGAGUGGAGCAGCUGACCGGAUCUAGACUAGGCACCAGUAGAGCGGACUGCUCUGGCACUGGAGUGGACCGUACCGGGCUGGGGACACGCACCACUGGUUUGGUGCGAGGAGCAAGCACGGGGUGCACCGGGCUGGCGACACGCACCACUGGUUUGGUGCGAGGAGCAGGCACGGGCCGUACCGGGCUGGGGACACGCACCACUGGUUUGGUGCGGGGAGCAGGUACGGAGCGUACCGGGCUGGGGACACGCACCACUGGUUUGGUGCGAGGAGCAGGAACAACCCGUCCUGGCUGAACGCUCAUUUUAGCCCGGCAAGAGCGGGGCGCGGGCACCAAGCGCACCGGGCUGUGAAUGCACACUGGAGAUACAGUGCGUAUCACAGCAUAACAGGGUGCCUGUAUGGUCCCACGCUCCUUAACACGAGUGCGGGGAGUUGGCUCUACUCUGAAACCUGGCUCCGCCAGCCUCUGCUCUAAGGACUGCGUUCUCCUUUUCUCUAGGGUUAAUUCCUCUCUCAGCUCCUCCUGUUGCCUAGCCAGCUCCUCUCUCUGUGCAUCCACUGACUCCUUCUCCCUGUGGGCCUCCUGCAGCGCCUCCUUCUGAAGGGAGAGCUCCUGCUCCCUCUUCUCUAUCAGCCCCCGUUAGGUGGUGUUCUCCUCUCUCAGAGUGCUGAGCUGCAGAUCUUUCAGGGCCUCCUGCGGCAUCGCCCACCACCCCGUGUGCCCCCCCCAAAAAAAAAUAUUUGGGCUGCCUCUCGGGAUUCCUUAGUGAUCGGGACCUUUUGAGUCGCCGUUAUUUCUCACUCGCUGUCUCCGUUUGCUCCCAAGGAAGGCGAUCCAUACGUGCCUGGAUCUCUUCCCAAGUCCAGGAUCCCUUACCGUCCAAAAUAUCCUCCCAUGUCCAUGUUGUCUGCUCUUCCUGUUCACGCUGCUUGGUCCGUUGGUGGUGGGAUCUUCUGUCACGUUCAUUGAGUAAAGGAUUGGACCAAGGUGCAGCGUGGUAUGCGUACAUAGUCAUUUAUUUUAUAAACACCGACAAAAUAACAAAAUCCAACAGAACGUGACGUUCAAAAGGCUAAAUAUCCAACAAGCCAAACAGAAACAAGAUCCCACAACAUAGGUAGGCAAAAUGGCUACCUAAGUAUGAUCCCCAAUCAGAGACAACGAUCGACAGCUGCCUCUGAUUGGGAACCACACCCGGCCAACAUAGAUAUACACAUUCUAGAUAUUCACACCCUGACCAAACCAACUAGAGAUCUCUAUGUCAGGGUGUGACACGCAUUGAAUAACAUAUUCAUAUAUGGUAAAACAGAUAGCUAAAAAAUAAAUCUAAAGGAAGUAUGUUUUAAAGUGUCUGUCCUACAGUGCAUUCGGAAAGUAUUCAAACCCCUUGAAUUUUUCCACAUUUUGUUACGUUACAGCCUUAUUCUAAAAUGGAGAAAAUCUAUAUUUUUUCCUGAUCAAUCUACACACAAUACCCCAUAAUUAAGUAUUCAGAAGGUCCCGAAGAACACAGUGGCCUCCAUCAUUCUUAAAUGGAAGAAGUUUUGAACUGCCAACACUCUUCCUAGAGCUGGCCGCCCGGCCAAACUGAGCAAUCGGGGGAGAAGGGCCUUGGACAGGGAGGUGACCAAGAACCAGAUGGUCACUUUGACAGAGCUCCAGAGUUCCUCUGUGGAGAUGGGAGAACCUUCCAGAAGGACAACCAUCUCUGCAGCACUCCACCAAUCAGGCCUUUAUGGUAGAGUGGCCAGAUGGAAGCCACUCCUCAGUAAAAGGCACAUGAAAUCCUGCUUGAAGUUUGCCAAAAGGCACCUAAAGGACUCUCAGACCAUGAGAAACAAGAUUCUCUGGUCUGAUGAAACCAAGAUUGAACUCUUUGGCCUGAAUGCCAAGCGUCACGUCUGGAGGAAACCUGGCACCAUCUCUACAGUGAAGCAUGGUGGUGGCAGCAUCAUACUGUGGGGAUGUUUUUCAGUGGCAGGGACUGGGAGACUAGUCAGGAUCGAGGGAAAGAUGAAUGGAACAAAGUACAGAGAGAUCCUUGAUGAAAACCUGCUCCAAAGCGCUAAGGACCUCAGACUGGAGCAAAGGUUCACCUUCCAACAGGACAACGACCCUAAGCACACAGCCAAGACAACGCAGGAGUGGCUUCGGGACAAGUCUCUGAAUGUCCUUGAGUGGCCCAGCCAGAGCCUGGACUAGAACCCGAUCUAACAUCUCUGGAGUGACCUGAAAAUAGCUGUGCAGCGACGCUCCAUAUCCAACCUGACAGACCUUGAGAGGAUCUGCAGAGAAGAAUGUGAGAAACUCCCCAAAUACAGCUGUGCCAAGCUUGUAGCAUCAUACCCAAGAAGACUGAAGGCUGUAAUCACUGCCAAAGGUGCAAACAUUGUGUUUCAGCCAUCUGUGGCUAGAUGCAGUUGUUAUUGGGAAAUGUAUUGUCAUCAAGAAACUUGAACAAGGCAUUGGCAAUGGUCAGUGAAUCCUCAGCUGGAAUGUUUAUUAUUCCUCCAAAUGUGCUUAUGAUUUGAAAGAGUUUCUUGCUGUGGUAUUUUAUUUUACAUUUACGUUUUCGUCAUUUAGCAGACGCUCUUAUCGACUUACAAAUUGGGUGCGUUCACCUUAUGAUAGCCAGUGGGACAACCACUUUACAAAAAAAUUUUUAGGGGGGGGGGGGGGGGGGGGGGUAAGGGGGGGGGGGGGGGGGGGGGGGGGGGGGGGGGGGGUAGAAGGAUUACUUUAUCCUAUCCCAGGUAUUCCUUAAAGAGGUGGGGUUUCAAGUGUCUCCGGAAGGUGGUGAAUGACUCCGCUGUCCUGGCGUCAUGAGGGAGCUUGUUUCCACCAUUGGGGUGCCAGAGCAGCGAACAGUUUUGACUGGGCUGAGCGGGAACUGUGCUUCCGCAGAGGUAGGGGGGCCAGCAGGCCAGAGGUGGAUGAACGCAAUGCCCUCGUUUGGGUGUAGGGUCUGAUCAGAGCCUGAAGGUAAGGAGGUGCCGUUCCCCUCACAGCUCCGUAGGCAAGCACCAUGGUCUUGUAGCAGAUGCGAGCUUCAACUGGAAGCCAGUGGAGUGUGCGGAGGAGCGGGGUGACGUGAGAGAACUUGGGAAGGUUGAACACCAGACGGGCUGCGGCGUUCUGGAUGAGUUGUAGGGGUUUAAUGGCACAGGCAGGGAGCCCAGCCAACAGUGAGUUGCAGUAAUCCAGACGGGAGAUGACAAGUGCCUGGAAUAGGACCUGUGCCGCUUCCUGUGUAAGGCAGGGUCGUACUCUGCGAAUGUUGUAGAGCAUGAACCUACAGGAUCGGGUCACCGCCUUGAUGUUAGCGGAGAACGACAGGGUGUUGUCCAGGGUCACGCCAAGGCUCUUUUCACUCUGGGAGGAGGACACAACGGAGUUGUCAACCAUGAUGGCGAGAUCAUGGAACGGGCAGUCCUUCCCCGGGAGGAAGAGAAGCUCCGUCUUGCCGAGGUUCAGCUUGAGGUGGUGAUCCGUCAUCCACACUGAUAUGUCUGCCAGACAUGCAGAGAUGCGAUUCGCCACCUGGUUAUCAGAAGGGGAAACGGAGAAGAUUAAUUGUGUGUCGUCUGCGUAGCAAUGAUAGGAGAGGCCAUGUGAGGAUAUGACAGAGCCAAGUGACUUGGUGUAUAGCGAGAAUAGGAGAGGGCCUAGAACUGAGCCCUGGGGGACACCAGUGGUGAGAGCACGUGGUGCGGAGACAGAUUCUCGCCACGCCACCUGGUAGGAGCGACCUGUCAGGUAGGACGCAAUCCAAGAGUGUGCCACGCCGGAGAUGCCCAACUCGGAGAGGGUGGAGAGGAGGAUCUGAUGGUUCACAGUAUCAAAGGCAGCAGAUAGGUCUAGAAGGACGAGAGCAGAGGAGAGAGAGUUAGCUUUAGCAGUGCGGAGAGCCUCCGUGACACAGAGAAGAGCAGUCUCAGUUGAAUGACCAGUCUUGAAACCUGACUGGUUUGGAUCAAGAAAGUCAUUCUGAGAGAGAUAUCAAGAGAGUUGGCUAAAGACGGCACGCUCAAGAGUUUUGGAGAGAAAAGAAAGAAGGGAUACUGGUCUGUAGUUGUUGACAUCGGAGGGAUCGAGUGUAGGUUUUUUGAGAAGGGGUGCAACUCUCGCUCUCUUGAAGAUGGAAGGGACAUAGCCAGCGGUCAAGGAUGAGUUGAUGAGCGAGGUGAGGUAAGGGAGAAGGUCUCCGGAAAUGGUCUGGAGAAGAGAGGAGGGGAUAGGGUCAAGCGGGCAGGUUGUUGGGCGGCCGGCCGUCACAAGUCGCAAGAUUUAAUCUGGAGAGAGAGGGGAGAAAGAAGUCAAAGCAUAGGGUAGGGCAGUGUGAGCAGGACCAGCGGUGUCAUUUGACUUAACAAACGAGGAUCGGAUGUCGUCAACCUUCUUUUGAAAAUGGUUGACGAAGUCAUCCACAGAGAGGGAGGAGGGGGGGGAGGGGGAGAAGGAUUCAGCAGGGAGGAGAAGGUGGCAAAGAGCUUCCUAGGGUUAGAGGCAGAUGCUUGGAAUUUAGAGUGGUAGAAAGUGGCUUUAGCAGCAGAAACAGAGGAAGAAAAUGUAGAGAGGAGGGAGUGAAAAGAUGCCAGGUCCCGCAGGGAGUCUAGUUUUCCUCCAUUUCCGCUCGGCUGCCCGCAGCACUGUUCUGUGAGCUCGCAAUGAGUCGUCAAGCCACGGAGCAGGAGGGGAGGACCGAGCCGGCCGGGAAGAUAGGGGACAUAGAGAGUCAAAUGAUGCAGAAAGGGAGGAGAGGGGGGUUGAGGAGGCAGAAUCAGAAUAUUGGAGGGAGAAGGAUUGAGCAGAGGGAAGAGAUGAUAGGAUGGAAGAGGAGAGAGUAGCGGGAGAGAGAGAACGAAGGUUGCAACGGCGCAUUACCAUCUGAGUAGGGGUAGAGUGAGUAGUGUUGGAGGAGAGCGAGCGAGAAAAGGAUACAAAGUAGUGGUCGGAGACUUGGAGGGGAGUUGCAGUGAGAUUAGUAGAAGAACAGCAUCUAGUAAAGAUAAGGUCAAGCGUAUUGCCUGCCUUGUGAGUAGGGGGGUACGGUGAAAAGGUGAGGUCAAAAGAGGAGAGGAGUGGAAAGAAGGAGGCAGAAAGAAAUGAGUCAAAUGUAGACAUCGGGACGUUAAAGUCACCCAGAACUGUGAGGGGUGAGCCAUCCUCAGGAAAGGAACUUAUCAAGGCAUCAAGCUCAUUGAUUAACUCUCCAAGGGAACCUGGAGGGCGAUAAAUGACAAGGAUGUUAAGCUUGAAAGGGCUAGUGACUGUGACAGCAUGGAAUUCAAAUGAGGAGAUAGACAGAUGGGUCAGGGGAGAAAGAGAGAAUGUCCACUUGGGAGAGAUGAGGAUUCCUGUGCCACCACCCCGCUGACCAGAUGCUCUCGGGGUAUGCGAGAACACAUGGUCAGACGAGGAGAGAGCAGUAGGAGUAGCAGUGUUUUCUGUGGUAAUCCAUGUUUCCGUCAGCGCCAAGAAGUGGAGGGACUGGAGGGUAGCAUAGGCUGAGAUGAACUGCCUUGUUAGCCGCAGAACGGCAGUUCCAGAGGCUGCCGGAGACCUGGAACUCCACGUGGGUCGUGCGUGCAGGGACCACCAGGUUAGAGUGGCAGCAGACACACGGUGUGAGGCGUUUGUAUAGCCUGUGCGGAGAGGAGAGAAAAGGGAUAGACAGAGACAUAGUUGACAGGCUACAGAAAAUGGCUACAAUAAUGCAAAGGAGAUCGGAAUGAAAUUAACUAAACAUCUGGGAAAGCGAGAGAGCGGGGCCUCCCUCACUUACGUUUCACUGAAACACCCAAAUAUAACUCUCCCAGCUUCCACCUCAGAAACUAUAAUUGUUGUAAACUACAGCGGUUCAAUGUUUUCUAGGAAUAGACUAACUUAGUUUAUUCAGCUAGCUAACUUGGUACAGUAUUCUUCCGUGAAAACCGUCCAGGGCACCAAAUCCUAUGACGCCACAGCCAAUUAGCAUGCCAGCCUCCAACAACACGGUUUAGCACCAAUACUCGGCAACAACAAACCACCAGUGUGUCAACACGCCAAGCAGAUAAUUCGUGUCCGUGUCUAACGUUCUGUAAAGUUCUGGGUUAGUCCCAACAGCUUGAGCGAGUCCGUCGUCAACUUAUUCAGCCAGUUAGUUAGCUAGGAUAGUUAGCAUACUAGCUAGCCAUUGCUCUCUGCCAACGAAAAAAAAAAAACUCCUCCCACGGCACAAACACACAGAGAGAGCCAAGCUAACGUUAACUAGUCACCCAUGUCCCGAAUUCCCUUGAACGACUCUGGUUACCAGUAAGUAAAAACAAAACACAAAUGUAUGUUAUAACUUACCCCUAGCAGCUACUGUUAGCCAGCCAAGUGCAAAGCUAGCCACUGAAUCGACUCAGCCAGUUCGCGUCUGUUCGCUAGGUCGUUCCAGCUGCUUCUUAGUCGUGACAUCAGUACUUUCAUCAAUAAUCAAUGAGUAAGACUCAUUCCCAAUGUCCUUUAUUAGUUCCUCAUGCACUGCAGGCCCUAUAACUGCAUUUAUGAGUGCUGUGCAUUCUGUGAAUAUUGAUUCCUUUCUUUGCAAUGUCUUCAACAAAACAUCCUAGGUGAACAAUAGUUGCAAUUCUGGAGUUGGUGUUCUCCGUUUUGCUCUACGACCCCCACAAGUGUCAGGAGACUUGUUUGAAGCCGGUACCGUCGAUGUGCCAACUUCUGUUUUUUAUGAUUUAUUUUAUGACUGUCCUUUUGUCAUUUAUGAAUGUGUUAUUCAAUUAAUGUUUAUUAUGAAUGUGUUAUUCAAUUAAUGUGUUAUUCAAUUAAUGUGUUAUUCAAUUCGUUUCUAUGGGCUUUAGUAGUAAAGGCCAAAAUCUAUAUUUGAUCAAAUACAGUUUUGAUCUAUAUAUUUUUUAUACCUAAAGGAGUCCAAUUUUUUUUAAUGAAAUUGCUAAAUGACCCAUAGUAUGACCAUCGUAAAAAAUGUCAUGUCAGUUUAGAACCCUCAACCCUCAACCCCCUAGGCCAUAUUUUGCCCAUUUACCUGACAUUCUGACAGUAUAAUUGUGUCUAGCCAGUAAGCUAGCGUAUCCAAUCGGUUCCUCUGUCCUCACCUCUGCGCCGCCGCGCGCCCCUCUCUCUCUCUCUCUCCUCUGACUUCAACUUUCUGGCAAACGUCAGCUAGCUAACUAGCACAUGGUUCGUUCCUCUCUGAAACUGUUGGGUUAUUAUUAUUUCUCAGUUUUCUCUCACUGUGUUGUCUGUGAUGAUUGGUAGGACUGAAACAAAGAAAGAGGCAACAAAUAAUUUUGAGGGAGAAGUACGUAGCUAGCUAGUGUUACAUCACGAUGUGCUGCUCUCCUCACACUCACGUGACUCAGCUGUCCACAGCCAGCUGCAGCGCUCUCUGUCUCCGGAGUACACACCCCUUUAGAACAUGCAUAUGGGGUAGCACACGUGAGAAUUUAGGACAUUAGUUAUUGGUAGCACACGUGAGAUUUCACACUUCAAUGAUUGAACACACAGUACUUGUGAGAAGGAUGGCACAGCAAAUGUAUUUCAAAACAUGUGAACACAGCAAACAUGAGAGGAAACAGGAAGCUCUUCGUCACCAGGACACACACACACACACACACACACACACACACACACACACACACACACACACACACACACACACACACACACACAUCCUAGUUUCCCUAAUCCUUAACCCUAAACCUUAACCUAACCCUAACCCAUAACGUUAACCCUAACCCCAAACUCCAAACCCCAACCCUAAACGGACCCUAACUCUUAACCCUAAAACGAACCCCUAAUCCCUAACUCUAAUCCCUAAACCUUAUUGUAAUCUAACCCUAAAUCUUAUUGUAAUCUAACCCUAAACCUUAUUGUAAUCUAACCCUAAACCUUAUUGUAAUCUAACCCUAAACCUUAUUGUAAUCUAACCCUAAACCUUAUUGUAAUCUAACCCUAAACCAUAUUGUAAUCUAACCCUAAACCAUAUAUAACCACAUUUAAGCCUAAAAUAGUAUUUUUCCUUGUGGGGUCCGGCGAAAUGUCCCCAGUUGUCCGUAUUUUCCUUGUUUUACUGUCCUUGUAAAACCAAAAGCACAACGAUCUCUCACACACACACACACACACACACACACACACCACACACACACACACACACACAACACACACACACACACUAAACCAACACCACCACAAAAAAAACCAAAAAACCCAAACACAAAAAAAAAACCCCCCGGGAAAAAGUCAAACAUUUAGGAAACUCUUUUUUAAAAAAAAAAAAAAAAAAAAGGGAGAAAGGGGGAAAGGGAGGAGAAAAAAGCGGAAAAAGAGGAGAGAGGAGGAGAGAGGAGAGGGAGGAGAGAGAGAGAGGAGAGAGAGAGGAGGAGAGAGAGAGAAGAAGGCAGAGAGAGAAGAGGAGAAAAGGAAAGGGGGGGGGGGGAAAAAAGAGAAAAAAAAAAAAAAAAAGGGGGGGGAAAGGGGGAAAGGGGAGAGAAAAAGGGAAGGGGGGCCCCGAAAAAAGGGGGGGGGAGGCACCGCCUCGGGGACCCUGGGGGCAAGGGGGGGACCCCACCCCCCCCUGUUUGCCCCCCCCCCCCGGGCCCCCCGGGGGUGGCCCCCUAUUUUUUUCUCUCCCUCUUUUCCUCUAUCUUCUCUUCCCUCUUCCCUUUUCUCUCUCCCCUCCUCCAUCUCUCUCCUCUCUUUUCUUCUCGCUCCUUCUCUCUCUCCCCUCCAAACCCAAAAAAAAAACCCUCUUUUCCUUUGUUUCCUCUUUUCUUUAGUUUCCCCUCCCUUUUUCUCCCCCUAAAAAAUUUUUUUUAAAUUUUUUCCCCCCUCGGGCAUCCCUUUUUAAAAAAACUCUUUUUUUUUUUCUUUUUUUUUCUUUUUUUUUUCUUUUUUUUUUUUUUUUUUUUUCUUUUUUUUUCUUUUUUUUUUAUUUUUUCUUUCUUUUUUUUUUUUUCUUUUUUUUUCUUUCUUUCUUUCUUUCUUUCUUUCUUUCUUCUUUUCUUUCUUUCUUUCUUUCUUUUUCUUAGUCUCUCUCUCUCUCUCUCUCGUUCUCUCUCUCUGUCUAUAUCUCUCUCUCUCUUUCUCUCCAUGCAUUUCUCUAAUCCAUCUAAUCACAAUUUCACUUUUUAAUUUAAGGAAAUCAUUCAUAUUACAGUAUGAUGUAACAUCUGCCUCAAUGGAGCCAUCAGAUGUUGUUGAAGAACAGAUACUGUAUCUCCUGUGCUAUUACAUUACCUUCAAUAACAUCAACCUCAUAGGCUUUCUCCAAUUACCCCCAAUUACCUGUUCCCAAAGUUAUCCUCCAAUAACAAGCCCCCAAUUAACACCAUCCUGCCCCUCCCGUCCCUACAAGCACCCCCUGGUGGCUGUGUACUUGUUUUUUAGCCGGGGGCUCAUUUUUCCCUAUAUCAACAGCUCCCCUUCUCUCCUCUUCCUCUCCCUCUUUCACUCUCACACUCUCUGAAGGAGAUGACAGACUGACAGACAUUCCAUCCUCUCUCUCUCUGUCUGUCUGUCUGUCUGUCUGUCUGUCUGUCUACCAGGAUCAGGUUUACUGUUGCUAGGUAGGGCAGAGGUAGAACAAGGUUUUGUGUGUCUAUAACUGUUGUUUCAUACAUGUCUGGUGACAGGUGUCUGUGGUGUAUGGUGUAUCUCUUCAUUGAUAGCACUUUUUGUUCAUGUCAUUCUAUCUACUCAGUGUUCUGUCUGUAAGGUCUUGGUUUGAUCUCUCCUCCAGGUGACGGUACUCUCCCAGUCCUCGGCCUUGUCUCUCUCCAGGUGAUGUGCCUGUGUGGCUGGCUGGGGCUGCUCUACUGCCUCCAUGUCCCUGGGUCUGUCUGGGGUCUGGCUGGAGAUGGAGGGGGGGCUUGUCGGCUGAUGGCUAAGCCCGUCUCCGGCAGUGUUUAUCGGGCAGGAGAUGUUGUCAUUGGGGGCCUGUUCCCCAUCCAUGUGGAAGCCCCUCUGCCAGAGCAGGAGUUCAGGAGCAUUACGGGAAAUGCUACAUGUACAAUGUACGCAGCUUGUGUGAUAACAGCUUUGUGUCAUUGUGUUUUCACUUGUGUACAGUGUAUUCAGUUACCUCCUAUCUUCCCGUUUCUUCCGUCUGUCAGUUUCAACCAGCGUGCUUACCGCUGGCUCCAGACUAUGAUCUUUGCAGUGGAGGAAAUUAACCGUGACCCAACCCUCCUGCCUAACCUCACCCUGGGGUUCCUGGCUGCUGACACAUGUCUGGCAGAGGGCACCACCCUGGGGGCAGCCCUAGCCAUGGUGACCGGCCAGGAGGCCUCCGUGGCGGGCACAGAGUGUGGCGCAACCCCUGAGGUUCCCGUCAUCAUCGGGGAUGCCCGCUCCUCAGCCUCCAUUGUGGUGGCACAGACCCUCGGGCCAUUUGAUUUACCCAUGGUGAGGCUUAGGGUUGGAUUACAGACUGGGUUGUGAUGAGAUGAUGACGCUCUUCAUGUUACAUACAUCUAAAUGACUCUCUCUCUAACGUUUACUUUCCCACUCCCUCUGUUCUAUGCUCUCUGCCUCCUACAAAUGACAAUUAUCCUUGACACUCUCUCUCUCUCUCUCUCUCUCUCUCUCUCUCUCUCUCUCUCUCUCUCUCUCUCUCUCUCUCUCUCUCUCUCUCUCCCUCUCUCUCUCUCUCUCUCUCUCUCUCUCCCAGGUGAGUUACUUUGCCACCUGUGCGUGUUUGAGUGACAACUGGAGGUACCCCUCGUUCUUCCGUACGGUACCCAGCGAUGCCUUCCAGGCUCUGGGCAUGGCCAGGCUGCUGCGUCGGCUGGGCUGGGUGUGGGUGGGGCUGGUGUCUGGGGAUGGUGACUAUGGCAAGUUUGGGGUUCAGGUGCUUCUCCAAGAGCUCCAGGGGUCUGGGGUGUGUGUCGCCUACUCUGAGGUCAUCCCCAAGGUACGACCUCACUCUGAUGAUCUGACAAUAUACACUUUCUUUUGCGCUCUCUUUCUCUCUCUCUCUCUUUUACUCUGACCCCCCCUCUCUUCUAAUCUAACAGAAACCCUCUCUCUGAUUUUCUCUGACUCUCUUCCCUCUCUCUCACUGAUGGUCAUCCCCAAGGCACCGUCUAAGAGACAGAUCAGGCACAUCGUGGACACCAUCAGAGGAUCUACUGCCAGAGUGGUGGUGACAUUCGUAGGAUUCACGGGUGAUUCAGGGGUGAGCAGUGACUGGUCAGAGUAUUGUUCAUUAUUUGUUAAACAGCUGUAGCAGUGUCCUUGUGUCUUACCAUGUAUUGAUGCCCUUUAUAGACACAAGCAUUUCCUAAUUGAUAAUCUUGUAUUUCAGCUGAACUGUCUUGAUCUUUUUAACCAUCUCAUUCUCCAGGCCUUGAUGGAAGAGGUUAUCCGUCAGAACAUAACAGAUAGGCAGUGGAUAGCCUCAGAGGCCUGGGUAACCUACUCUACUCUCUCCACCCCUAAAAACCUGCCCUCUCUUGCCGGGACGAUCGGUUUUGCCCUGAAGAAAGCUGUCAUUCCCGGCCUGGGGCCUUUCCUAACACGCCUCCAUCCUGAUGGGGACUACCAGAAGUCUGAUCCCUUCCUGAGGGAAUUGUGGGAGGAGAUGUUUGGCUGUUCUCUGGGGGUUGAACUCAGCGUGACCCAGUCGUCCAGGCGACAGUGUACUGGGUCAGAGGUCAUACGUGAGGGAGAGUUUACACCUAAAACUCUGUUUUUGUGUCCUGAUUCCCCAUGUUGUCUCAGUAAAAUAAAGUGUCAAUCCUAGGUGAGGGGGAGAGCCAGUACGCUGACGUGUCUCAGCUGAGAGCCACCUAUAAUGUGUACAAGGCUGUGUACGCCAUCGCUUACGCCAUACAGGACAUGUUGGCCUGUCGACCAGGGGAGGGAGCCUUUAAUGGUGGACAGUGCCCUGAUAUCAGGAAGCUUCAGCCCAGCCAGGUGACAAUGCCAUAUUAAUCUGUUUUCAUGUUAACAGCACUAAUGUUUCCAGUCAGGAUACAGUGAAAACACUUUGUAAGGUUUGAGUACUAAAGGCCCACAGCCACAGUUGGUUCUAUCUCUUAAUACUGUUCCAAUGCCCUUUUCUCUUUGAGAUUGUUCAUUAUCUGAGGGGAGUGAACUUCAGCACUCCUGUGGGGGAAUCUUUCCACUUUGACAUGAAUGGUGAUCCGCCUGCCUCUUAUGACAUCAUCAACUGGCAUGUAACCCCCAAGGGGACGGCAGAGUUUGUCCAGGUCGGCCAUUUUCUGACCUCUGAGGGAUCGGAAGGCCAGUUUCACAUCGAUAUGGAGAAAGUGGUGUGGGGUGGGGGCAGCGGAGAUGAGGUGAGAACUGUUCAGUUUGGUUUCUCUGAGGCAGAGAGGAGUGGUGUGUGUGUGUGUGUGUGUGUGUGUGUGUGUGUGUGUGUGUGUGUGUGUUUGUGUGUGUGUGUGUGUGUUUGUGUGUUUGUGUGAGUGAGAGAGACUUAUUUAGUAUAUCACCAUGAGGCAGACAUACAGCAAAGAAAGAGACAAAAAAAGACCAACCAAAUAACAGGAGAAUUUUAGCUCUGUCAUCAACAUGAUACUGAAUGUUAGCUCAGAGAGAAAGCUCUGUCAUCAACCUGAUACUGAAUGUUAGCUCAGACAGAAAUCUCUGUCAUCAACAUGCUACUGAAUGUUAGCUCAGACAGAAAUAUCUGUCAUCAACAUGCUACUGAAUGUUAGCUCAGACAGAAAGCUCUGUCAUCAACAUGCUACUGAAUGUUAGCUCAGACAGAAAGCUCUGUCAUCAACAUGCUACUGAAUGUUAGCUCAGACAGAAAGCUCUGUCACCAACAUGCUACUACAUUUACAUUUACAUUUUCGUCAUUUAUCAGACACUCUACUGAAUGUUAGCUCAGACAGAAAGCUGUGUCAUCAACAUGCUACUGAAUGUUAGCUCAGACAGAAAGCUCUGUCAUCAACAUGCUACUGAAUGUUAGCUCAGACAGAAAGCUCUGUCAUCAACAUGCUACUGAAUGUUAGCUCAGACAGAAAGCUCUGUCAUCAACAUUUUUAGAAAUUGCGUAAUUCAAAUCUGGUAUUGGAAUAAGAGAAAACAUAAUCAAGAGAUAUUCAAUCCAAGCUAAAUUUAUUAUAUGCAAAAUGUAUGUAUAAUAAGUAUGAAGGUUCGUAUACGGGCUCACUGAAAAACCACACAGGGCAGACAGAGAACUAAAACAUUGUUUACAGGUUCUUUCUCAAAUACUCUGACAGAGAGUUUUCACCUCUUCUGUUGGCCAAUCAGAGUAAAGGACUGAGUGUGGUUUAGACUUUACUCAGCCAAUCCGUUGGCGCACGGGUUGGUCCCAACCCCUCGGCGCUCCACCCCUUGGCGCUCCACCGUUCCCAGGCAUAAGUUGAACCUGCAGAGUCAGCACUUUUUUGCAGUACCCAUGUCCUUGGAAGGUUCACAGAUCACAAAUAAGCAGUGUUCGUAUCUAUGAGAAAUACAAGUCUUAUCUAUCCUUCCCCUAAUGUUCCUUACAUGAAUCACAGCCUGUUAUGUGAAACAAUUUAUAUCAGUACAGUUCAAACCUAUGCUCCUCAUUAAUGCAUUCCUUCUAAGCUAUUCAUCACAUACAGAUCCAAUUAUGAGAAAAAUAGAACCCAACAACAUGCUACUGAAUGUUAGCUCAGACAGAAACCUUUGUCAUCAACAUGCUACUGAAUGUUAGCUCAGACAGAAAUCUCUGUCAUCAACAUGCUACUGAAUGUUAGCUCAGAGAGAAAGCUCUGUCAUCAACAUGCUACCAAGUGUUAGCUCAGACAGAAAUCUCUGUCAUCAACAUGAUACUGAAUGUUAGCUCAGACAGAAAGCUGUGUCAUCAACAUGCUACUGAAUGUUAGCUCAGACAGAAAGCUGUGUCAUCAACAUGCUACUGAAUGUUAGCUCAGACAGAAAGCUCUGUCAUCAUCAUGCUACCAAGUGUUAGCUCAGACAGAAAUCUCUGUCAUCAACAUGCUACUGAAUGUUAGCUCAGAGAGAAAGCUCUGACAUCAACAUGCUACUGAAUGUUAGCUUAGAGACAAAGCUCUGACAUCAACAUGCUACUGAAUGUGAGAUAUUUGUGUGGUCAUAUUCCUGACAUAGUCUCCAGAGGGGCCCAGCGAGCCUGCCUGUGUGUGUGUGUAAUGAUGAUGAUGAUGAUGAUGAUGAAGAUGAUGACUGCAUCCCCUCCAUCCUCUGGUAGGUCCCUGUGUCUGUAUGCAGUGCUGCCUGUCCCCCUGGUUCCAGGCAUGUGGUACAGAAGGGGAGGCCUGUGUGCUGCUUCGACUGUUUGUCCUGCACUGAGGGAGAGAUCAGCAACACAACAGGUAGUCUAUCAACGGUUCUGAUUCCAAUUCAUAUUUUUCCUGAAUCCUGACUGGUCCUGAUUUGGAACCCUUCUUCUUCUUCCUUCUCUAUCAGGGUCAGUUGAGUGUAUUAGGUGUCCAGAGCGGUUCUGGUCCAACCCUGACCGUACGGCCUGCAUACCCCAGCUGGUGGACUUCCUCUCCUACAGCGACACCAUGGGUGUCAUCCUGUCCGUCAUCUCAGUUUCCGGGGCAACACUCACAGCCGGUGCCCUGGCCACCUUCCUCUACCACCGUCACACGGCCCUGGUGAGUUGAAUCAUAUGAUCAUAUAUAGAGGUACUGGACAGAGAUGAGAUUGUGUCAUAUAAGGAGGAUAUUUCUGAUGUAACUCAGUCUAAAUUAUCUUUCUCUGUCUCGUUCCAGGUGAAAGCCAACAACUCUGAGCUCAGCUUCCUGCUCCUGCUGUCACUCAAGCUCUGCUUCCUGUGUGCGCUGGUUUUCAUUGGCCAGCCGAAGCCAUGGACGUGCAUGCUGAGACACACCCUGUUUGGUAUAAGCUUUGUGUUGUGCAUCUCCUGCCUGCUCAGCAGGACUGUGGUGGUGCUGGUGGCUUUCAGGGCCUCUCUGCCUGGAGAGAACCUGAUGAGAUACUUCAGCCCCGCCCAGCAGAGGAUGGGUAUCUCACUCUGCACACUCAUCCAGGUGAACAUCUAGUUUUUACUAUAUUCUAUUGGAAUGUAAUUGUUUCCUUCACUGACCAUAUUAUUUGUUGUUAUGGUAACUGCGCUUGCUAUUUCCUUCCAACACUUUACCUUCCACAGGUGCUGAUCUGUGUGCUGUGGCUGACCCUAGCUCCACCCCGACCUGCUGAGAGAGGGGGCAGAGAGGGUCGGGGGCCGAGAGUGGUCCUGGAGUGUGAGGUGGGCUCUGUGGUCGGCUUCUCUCUGGUGCUGGGCUACAUCGGCCUGCUGGCCUCUAUCUGUCUCCUCUUAGCCUUCCUGGCCAGGAAACUCCCAGACAACUUCAACGAGGCCAAGUUCAUCACCUUCAGCAUGCUGAUCUUCUGUGCCGUGUGGAUCUCCUUCAUCCCAGCCUACGUCAGCUCUCCUGGGAAGUACACAGUAGCUGUAGAGAUCUUUGCCAUCCUGGCCUCCAGCUUUGGGCUGCUGUUCUGUCUGUUUGCUCCAAAAUGUUUCAUCAUCCUCCUGAGACCAGAGAGAAACACCAAGAAACACAUGAUGGCUAAAUAGAAAACACCAAGAAACACAUGAUGGAAAAAUAGAAAACACCAAGAAACACAUGAUGUCCAAAUAUGAACGUACACAUGUUCAUAUCAUGAUUUAGGGCCCGUUGAUAUUCAAUUCAACAGGGGGAAUGUCCUCUGUUUGAAAACAUUAAUUUCCUGCUAUAUCUUCACUAUAUUGCUUUGUUAAUAUUAGUAUGUGUUCUUAUAAUGUGUCAGAAUGAAACACGUUAUUAAACUCAACAUACCAAAUAAAGAUGACAUAGUGUGACUCUGGUGUAAGAGUAGUAUUGUGUCUGACAGUCUGACAGCACUGACAGACCCCCUACACAUGAUUCCUUCAUCACCCAGUCAGUGUGUGUGCGUGUUUGUGUGUGUAUGGGUGUGUGUGUCCGUCAUCAUACACUAAAAUGGAUUCAGGCACAUUCUACAGUCUGCUUACCCACUGUGGGAGCCCCUCCUCUCUCCAUCUCUCCCUCAUCCCCAAUCUCCAUCUCUACAAAGUACCCAAGCGCCCUCCCUCUCCAUCUCUCCAGCCUAGCCCUACAGCUACAGAGAGAAAGAGACGCAGCGAGGCGCAAGCAGACAGAGAGAAAAGGCCCCUCGGCACAACCUCCCAAAGGGACAAAAUCUCCCCAUCCGCCCGCUAGGAAUUCGAGCGCCAUGCCGCGCCAACGAGCCCGCCUUUAACCAGCUCCAACUUCCAUCUCUCCCCCUCUCCCCUCCUAUCCCCAUCUCUCCCCAUCUCUCCCUCCUCUCUCCUUCCUCUUCCCAUCUCUCCCUCCUCUCCCCAUCUCUCCCUCCUCUCUCCCUCUUCUCUCCAGCUCUCCCUCCCUCCUCUCUCCAUCUCCCUGCCUUUCAACCACAGAGCCCCCCAGAGACACAAGCGCUCCCCUUGUCCUGCUACCUCGGUACACAUACACACCCCAACGGGAAGAGUUACUACCCAGUAGCACCACCACAACGGGUAGAGUUACUACCCAGUAUAACCACCACAACGGGUAGAGUUACUACCCAGUAGCACCACCACAACGGGUAGAGUUACUACCCAGUAUAACCACCACAACGGGUAGAGUUACUACCCAGUAUAACCACCACAACGGGUAGAGUUACUACCCAGUAUAACCACCACAACGGGUAGAGUUACUACACAGUAUAACCACCACAACGGGUAGAGUUACUACACAGUAUAACCACCACAACGGGUAGAGUUACUACCCAGUAUAACCACCCCAACGGGUAGAGUUACUACCCAGUAUAACCACCACAACGGGUAGAGUUACUACCCAGUAUAACCACCCCAACGGGUAGAGUUACUACCCAGUAUAACCACCCCAACGGGUAGAGUUACUACCCAGUAUAACCACCACAACGGGUAGAGUUACUACCCAGUAUAACCACCACAACGGGUAGAGUUUACUACCCAGUAUAACCACCCACAACGGGUAGAGUUACUACCCAGUAUAACCACCCCAACGGGUAGAGUUACUACCCAGUAGCACCACCACAACGGGUAGAGUUACUACCCAGUAUAACCACCCCAACGGGUAGAGUUACUACACAGUAUAACCACCACAACGGGUAGAGUUACUACCCAGUAUAACCACCACAACGGGUAGAGUUACUACCCAGUAGCACCACCACAACGGGUAGAGUUACUACACAGUAUAACCACCACAACGGGUAGAGUUACUACCCAGUAUAACCACCACAACGGUAGAGUUACUACCCAGUAUAACCACCACAACGGGUAGAGUUACUACCCAGUAGCACCACCACAACGGGUAGAGUUACUACCCAGUAUAACCACCACAACGGGUAGAGUUACUACACAGUAUAACCACCACAACGGGUAGAGUUACUACCCAGUAUAACCACCACAACGGGUAGAGUUACUACACAGUAUAACCACCACAACGGGUAGAGUUACUACCCAGUAGCACCACCACAACGGGUAGAGUUACUACCCAGUAUAACCACCACAACGGGUAGAGUUACUACCCUGUAUAACCACCACAACGGGUAGAGUUACUACACAGUAUAACCACCACAACGGGUAGAGUUACUACCCAGUAGCACCACCACAACGGGUAGAGUUACUACACAGUAUAACCACCACAACGGGUAGAGUUACUACCCAGUAUAACCACCACAACGGGUAGAGUUACUACCCAGUAUAACCACCACAACGGGUAGAGUUACUACCCAGUGUAACCACCACAACGGGUAGAGCUCCACCACAACAGUCCACAUUUACGUCUCCAGACAGUCUGCAUCACAAAGAUUCACUCUUUUACCUCUAAUACAAUACAGUGUAUCAGCUUAUCUUAGAUAUCCAUGUUCAGAACAGUAGCAGCAUUCUGGGUCCAGUAAGAUAUCAGGGCCUCAGGUCAUUAUCAGGGAAGUUUCUCUGUGCCAUCAGAGGCCCCAUCCAUUAGAGAACCAAUUAGAGAACCCAUUAGAGGCCCCAUUAGAGGCCCCAUCGGAGGCCCUGGUAUCACUAUCAGUCCUACAGGGGGAACAGUACACACUGAGCCCA